UUGUUUUGUUGGGUUUUUUUUGGGGCGGGUGGUGGUUUUGUUUGGGUAGUGCUUUUGAGGUGGGUUGUUUUGUGUUUUUUGUUCUUUUCCCCUUGCCAAAAAAUCUCAAAGCUUUUAGGGUAUAUUAAGGCCUCCCAAAGUGGCCCAUCCCACAAUUGACUGGCAUUGCUGCCUGGUGGCCACGGCUCCUGCCCCUCCCUGCCCCCCCAUCACAUUGAUAUCCAGUCUGAGGAAACAUUAGUGGGGUGGGGGAACUGAGGCAAGCUCUCUGGCACCUGUGGAAGUGUCAGACUUGCUCCAGCACCCCAUGGAGUAGAAUGACAUGUGAUAGAGAUGAAGCAGCUUUGGGAUGCUUUGUGUCCUCAGGUGGCACAAGGGGGGAUGCUUCAUCCCAGUUUCUCUCCCGGGAUGUGCAGCACACACCCCUGGCAAGUGUCCCAGGAGGUCAUCAUGAAGUACCUCAGUGGCUCUUGGUGCUGAGACAGAGCUCAGCAGUGCUACCUGCCCUCUCCCUGUCUCUGCUGGUAGCUGGUGGCAGAGAACACCUGGGAUGGGGUGAGCACAGGGGUACACUGCCUGUGCCACCACCGGCACUGGGACAUCCAGCUCUGCCGCUGUUGUGUGAUGGUUUAUCUGCUCUGGGUUAGGUUGCAUUAACCACACAUCGAGGAGCUCUGCGGGUCAUGGGGGGAGCCUCCCCGGCUUAGGGGGAGUGUGCCCUACUCCGGGCAGCGGGGCGGGCCCCGCAGAGCCCUCAGGGGCCCCGAGGCGGGGCCAGGGCCGCCCUCCCAGCAGCAGGACGGGAUGCGGCUGUCGGAGCUGUGCCUGGUGCUGCUCUGCGCUGCUGCCGCUGGGAUCAGUGCCCCACAGGGGCACCGGGAGCUGUCCCCGGGCCUGGCAGCAGCCUCUGGGAAGGCUGCAGGGGUAGGGGACAGAGGCCCGGGGGCAGCUGCCCCCCGGACUGGCGUCGUGGACCCUCGCCAGGCGUGGAUGCUGCUGGCCAGGAGCACUGGGCGGAAAAGAGGCUGCCAGGGCAGGAUGGGCAUAGCCCGGGAUGGGACAAAGGCUCGCACAGGAGUGGCACCAGCUACUGGCCAGUCUCCUGGAAAAUCACCUCAGGUUGCUGUUCCUGUCCAUCCUGGGGCCCCCACCAUUCUGGAAGAGCUACUGGAGCAACUACUGAAAGGCCUGGUGAAGACAUGCAGGAAGGCCAGGGAAGAACAGGAGGAAAAGGAGGAAAGCAAAGUCAAUACCCAGGCCAGGUCCCAUCAUCACGUGGAAGCCGCUUUCCACUGCUGGACACGUGAAAACAUCUCUGUGGAGCAGAGAGUGCAGCAGGAGCUGCAGCACUACUACAUUCCAGAGAGGGAGGCGAUGUUCCACCGCGGCUCAGGGCUUAACCUCACCAGUGGGAAGUACACAGCCCCCAUUGCUGGGUACUACACCUUCAGAGCCACACUGCACAUUGUGUGCAGAGAACAGCAGAGGAAGGGGCAUCCAUGCAGGGGGAAGCGUCUGCGGGUGCUGAUCUGCGUGCAGUCCUGCUGCCAGCACAACAGCUAUUUGGAGUCUGUGUCCCGGUUGGAGAGUGGUGGUGACCUUUUCACCAUCUCGGUCGCUGGAGUCCUUUACCUGAAGGCUGGGCAGGACGCCUCUGUUUUCCUGGACAACACUGCAGGCUCCCCCCUCACCAUUCAAAGCGGCUCCGAUUUCAGCGCCGUUCUGCUGGGGGUGUGAAGAGGCACUGGCACCAGGCAGGGAGCUCAGCCUGUGCUAGGAGCAGCCAGAGCUCUGCCAGCCACCACCACCACACCUCCCCUGCUCAGCACCAAGCACAGGGAAGACAUUUUGCUGCUUCAGGAGCUGCAGGACGGUCCAAUUCUGCUUGUGCUCCAGAACCAUCUGAAGCUAGACAAAGAUCAGGAGGAAGGAAGGAUAAUAGUAAUAAUACUACUAAUAAUAAUUCAUAAAAAUAAAUAAUAAUAAAAAAUAAUAAUUAAA